AAAGCAAACGGUUGGAAUGGCGCCCCCAAUUGAGCUCGAGAGAUGCGUGAAUAGAAGGUAAUUUCGAGAUGCGGAUGAGCGCAGUUGCGCGGAGAAAAGAAGCCUGCACUUUGACCGCGUGAUAAGCGCAGAUGCUUAUGGCUCUUGUCUUCUAUCACUUGGCCACAGUCUCUAUCGCGCAGUCUCCAGCAAUGGCCACAGACGAGAGCUGCAAGCACUUCAGGGAGCUGUUCGUCGAACAGCGUUGUGGGCUGCUCCACAUACGCUUCCAGCGGCACUGGCAACGCCGAACCCUGUACGAGCUGAUGCGCGCCCUGGACCUGGCGAGUGCAGACGCCGCCGUUAAGGUGGUCGUGCUCUCGGGCGAGUUUUCUGCAGCAUGUGGCGGUGAGACGGAACCGCUGGCCCUCAAACAGGGUGUGCAGAAGAGGAGUAGGCGUACCGCUGCCCAGGAGGAAGCUGUGGGCAGUGGUGAUGCCGAGGAGCAGUAUAUCCACGAGAAGGCGGCCAACUUUGUGAUGCGCUCGCUGGCUAAGAAGCUGCUUGUGCAACGUAAACUCCUAGUGGCCUUUGUGGAGAGGCAGUGCGUCGGUCUGGGCCUGAGCGUGUGCAGCCUGUGCGAUCUGGUCUUCGCAACUGAGUCAUCUGCCUUUGUGCCCGCUUUCUCGCACCUGGAUCCCUGCACCAAGGUGGGUCCCGGCUGGACUGUGCCACACGUCCACUGGCUGCUUCGUCUGGGCGAUCAAGCUAGCUCCAGCACUGCCCUUCAGUGUGGCCUUGUGGCCAGUGUGGUGCGAGAGCCGCAGGAGUUUUGGCACCGCGUCGACCAAUACUUGCGUUUGCCUUUCGCCUCCCUGUUGGCGACGAAGCGCCUCUUGUUUCGUCCCUGGCAGGACUCCCUCUUGGCCGAGUUGCGCGAGGAGGGCACUCCGCUGGCUGCGCAGCGACGCCGCUUGGCCAGAUCCUCGCUGUAGGGUCGCGCUCCCAGAUCCGUUGAAUCGAUUAAGUAAAUAAAUAGCGAUUAUAAAAUAGUA